AUUUGUCACUGCUUGCUCGACAGAAGCGGUAAGGAGCCCACCUCACUUUCAUGUGGCCGUUUAGUAGCUCCAUGGCAGAUGGACCAUUCUGAGCAGUGGCGUGGCAUCAUGCUUCUGAAACCAGGAGUUGUGGUCGAGUCGUGUUUGUUUGCAUCUGUCUGGAAGGGAUUAAAUCAGCGGUAUUGACAAGUUUCCUCCCUUUUGUUACUAACUUACUAUUUUUCCAUCAUCUGUUACUGACUGACACUGACAAGAUGCCGUUCAUGCCAGUGAAGUUCACCCUGCAAAAGCGGGUGAAGCUGGCUCAGGGUCUGUGGAUGCUCUACUGGGUCUCGGUUAUCAUGGGGAUUCUCAUUUUUAGCCUUGGCAUCUUCUUCAAAAUUGAGCUGCGGAAGAGAAGCGAGUUGAUGGACAACAACGAGAGCCACGUCGUGCCCAACUUGCUGAUCCUGGUGGGCCUGCUGUCCUGCGGGGCCAACGCCUUUGGGGGGAAGGUUUGCCAUGACUCCCUGGACCCCAUGAAGUUUUCCAAGUGGAAGUCAAUGCUGAAGCCGUAUUUGCUGAUGUGCUGCAGCUUCAACGUGUUGCUGCUGGUCACGGCACUGCUCUGCUUCCUCAUGCAGUUCGCGGUGUACCUGACGCUAGCAGAGGGUUUGAAGAACAGCAUCAAGUUCUACAAAGACACGGACACGCCAGGACGAUGCUUCAUGAAGAGAACACUGGACAUGACGCAGAUUGAGUUCCGCUGCUGUGGUAACAACAACUUCAGGGACUGGUUCGAGGUGCAGUGGAUCAGCAAUCGCUACCUGGACAUGAGCAACGACGAAGUCAAAGACCGUGUCCUCAGUAAUGUGGAAGGAAAGUACCUCAUGGACAGUGUGCCGUUCAGCUGCUGCAACCCUGGGUCCCCCCGGCCCUGUAUUCAGCACCACCUGACCAACAACUCUGCACAUUAUGACUACGAUCAUCGGAUUGAAGAGCUCAACAUCUGGACCCGGGGCUGUCGUGAGGCCCUGUUCUCUUACUACAGCAGUAUGAUGAACAGCAUCGGUGUGCUCGUUAUCGUCACCAUCUUCCUGGAGUCGGCAGACAUGGCAGGGCUGAAGUACCUGAGCACGGCUCUGGAGACUAUGGCCGACCCGGAGAACCCGGAGUGUGAGAGCGAGGGCUGGCUGCUGGAGAAAGGUGUGAAAGAGACGUUCAGCGAAGGACUCGCCAAGCUGAAGCUGCUCGGAAAGAAAAACCAGGUGGAGGAGGGUGGGGACGCACAGGAAACUGCCACCUGAGAGCCAUGCACGGCACACAGGACUGAGGUUCCCUGGCCCCGACCCCCACCCACUGGCAAAGACAUGGGAGAGGUCUUCUCCAUGUUCUGUACAUACGCCAUCAUAAAGGUUACAACAAAGUGAACAAGUCAUUUCCAUUGUUGAUAUUUUCCAUCUGUAAAUAUGUUGAAUAGCUUAUUUUUAAAGGGGAACAAAAACCUGCUUCUGUAAAUAAACCUCUUUGUUUGGAAGUCAGAUGACUGGUAAGUGUUAAAACAAUCUUUCCCACAUUAAUGCUUCCAGGCAGAUGCUCCACAUCACUUCCAAGUCUAAGAUGGCUCUGUUUUCCAACACUAAUCUUGCAAAGCGUGUUAGAGGCAACUUAUACGUAACAUUUAGUGAAUAAUGUCUUGUAUCAGUUGAGUUUGGCCUGUCACUAUCACUGAGGGACCUCUAGUUGCCUGGGAGCUUAGUUCUGUCACUACUGUUCAGGAUUUUUCCUGUACCCCAGAAGGUUCUGUUCAGUGGCAAUUGAACUGGCUUUAGCUCGUGUAGUCCUUGCAUUGACCGACCUGAACAGCACCUUCAGGACAAAUGGUCGGUAUGGCAGAGGACAAGUUCUACAAAUGUCGCAUUACAAAAGGUACAUGCAUUACCAAUUUUAACAGUAUGAACCUCUGCAGUGAACAGAAUAAUCAUAAUCUGCUCCCGACAUAAUAGAUGAUUGUUGGCUCUGACCUUAUCUCAAAUGAAGAGAAAUCACUGAUAUCAACGGGGCCCUGGGUUUGAGGUUCAGGAUUUAAAACCACAGCUGUCUGGUCCUGGUCAGUGGUUCUGACUGUUUAAUAAAACUGAAUAUUACACAGCACCGUGUGUGGAUCUGGUUCGGUUGAGAGGUAAGGAUCAGUUUGUAGUCAUUAAAUUGCAGUGUAAAGUGAAAGCCAUUUUCAGUGUCAGGCUGUAAUGUUUGUUCUACUGUGUUGUUCCAGAAAGUUGUUUUGGGUUGGUUGGAGCUGGUAGCUGCUCUGCUGUGUUUGAAAAAGUCUAUAAAGAGAUUGUGAUGA